AUGGACGGGGACAUAGUUGCACUCUGUGAUAAACUAUACCAAGAGUACCUUCUCAUCCACCUUAUAUAUCACAGAAACAAGAAUCAGCAUCGAGCUUCUAUCUGGUGGAGGCAGUUCAAUGAACUUAAGCGCACGGUAUCUCAAGUCCUCAAACAACUACGAAAACAUAAGCCAUCUGACAAAGACGGCAUUACGUUAUUCUCCCUGCUCAAGCGGCUGAGGAAUCAGCAAGUGUCGAAGAUGUACUACGGAUUCAAUGGCGUGAUAGCCCUUGGUCAAUUCGUGACACUUGGCGUUGUCUUAGUUGGCCUUCUAGCACGCGUAUACGGGAUCUUUACCGAAAUUUCAAAGUUGAAAGAAGAAAGGUUUGUUAAACUUGGAUGCGUUUUUCAUGAUCCCAGAAGGAUAGAGUCCUCAACCCAGCUGAGAUUGCAAAAUAUCAACGGAGAGGAGAUAGGAGAAGAAGUCACGGAAGGUUACUUGAACAAAUUCAAUGAGGUGAAAUCUUUUGAGCGGACGAAUCCAGUCAAAACGACAGGUUCCAAGGUUAAGAAAAAAGCUAAAAAAGGAAAGAAAAAGAGGUCAGUAAUUGAUGAUAUUUUUGGAUAA